AUGGACGACCUCCCACCAGGCUCAGGUCUCGCGGUUGUCCGCUCUCAAGUCGCGAUGGACUCGGAAUCGGAGGAAUCUGGACCUACUACUCCCACCAACGCAGAUACUGCAAACACAGAGACUGAACCAUUCCCUGAUACUGAACCAUUCCCCGAAUACAACGAGUCCGAGUGUGAGAUGCUUGCAUCUUCCAUCGCAGCCGAGAAUCGCCACGAGGAAGCAUGGAUCUACGCUCUCGGCAGAGCCGCUCAGCAAGAGAUCCGCAUGGUCCAUGUCGACCCUAACAUCAUUCCAUAUUUCCAAAGUGACCCGUCUUGCCGCAGCCAGGUCGUCCUCGAAAAGCUGCGGGACCUUCUCGCCGACCCGCAAAUGCGUCCUGAGAUCCGCGACCAAUUCAUUACUAUCAUCAACGCUACCCUUCAGUUCAACCUUGUCAUCUUUCACCAAAGCCCGGAGUUUCUGGCUCCCAAAGAAGUCGAAGAUGCAGAGCUCCCCCUCGAGACCGUUCUCAACCACAUCGAAUUCAUGGAAGAGAUGCUCAGAGAGCAGCUGCAGACUGCCGAAGAGGUUUCUUACGCCUUGGAAGACAUCUCGGUAGAGGCUACCUCGGCCUACGAGCGACUCUGCAAGAUGGCGACUGUGUUCGCUAAGAAUAUGAAAAAGUCUCGUUACCUUGAGCAACGACUGCUUGCUUUGUACAUGGAUAUGUAUGAGGAAUGGGUCCACAGUCCUUUCCUCUGUCUGCGCAAUCGUCAACUCCUGAACGAGCAAAACCCUACCAGAGAACGCACCAAGCUUUCGCGUCGUGUCAUUACCAUCUGGGAGCUGAUGAACAGCUGCAUCGAAUGCUACGGUACCUUGGCCUGGGUCACUCUCUCGAUCAAACGACAGUACUUUGCCCCGGUGAUGGGUUAUCUUUGUGAUUCGCCAGAGAUCUGGGAGCACUGCUGGGAUCAAUACAAGGCAAUGGAGAAGGAUCGGCACCAGGCAACCCAGAAGGUUCAGCACAAGCCAUCCGAGCGAAACUUGGCUCAAUGCGCCACCAUCUGA